AUGUGUCCGGCACACCUUUUAAACCGGGAGAAUUUCAUAAAGUAAAAAUUCACUUCUCUUUCUUCCUAAAUAGAUUUACACAAGUAUAUCCCACUCGUUCGGUCUCAAAAUUGAACUGAACUAAAUUAAAUUUGGUGUGAUGUUCAAAAGAAGAAGAAGAGUCUAUCCUACACUUAUGAAUUUUGAUUUCAUGAAAUUUUCUUGAUAUAAAGGGUGUGCCAAUGAAAUUUAUUUAGUAAAAAAAUUAAGUUAGCUCCCCUACAUCAUUAAUAUUCCCCAAAAAGGCUAUGCAAGAUAUUGUGGAGAAAUCUUGACCGCGGGGCAGACCUAGGACAAGGUGGCUGAAUCAAAUUCAGAAUCUUGCCUUGGGAUCGAACCCGGACAUCUUCCUGAAGAGACAGAGGAUCGACAGGCAUGGCUGUUAACCAUAAUGUCAUAGGCUCGCGACCUCGAUAAGGAUAAGCGGUUGAAAAUGGUGACAAGGGUGACAACAUUAAUAUUCUGUGUACCUUGUAUAGAGCCUCAAAUAGGUCAGUGGAUAGAGUAGUGGCUCUAUGACUGUGAGGUCUCGGUUUCAAAGCUAAGCAGCAGGAGAAAAAGAUUUAUCAUGCCAUAUCGGCUUUGAAUUCAUCCAGUGAAUGAAUGAAAAGUAAUGUCCAGGGGUAUGACGUUUCCUAUGUUUCCCAUAUGUUUCUAGCGUGCCGAAAAAACUUUUGAGGUUAUUAGCUGUUUUCGGUCAUUGUAGAACGAAUUAGCAAAUAAUACAAAUACAAAAUAAAAACCAAUUUAAUAUAGAAUGGGCAACCAAAAAUCCCAAAUUGGUAACCUACGUAGUUUUGGAGAUAUCUCGUGAAAUGUGUACGAAAACAGGAAAAAAAUUACACUAAAACUGCGGUUGCUUGUUUUUAGAGCUAAUGUCAGUCCCCUGGUAAUGUCAAUGGUGCAUGUUGACAAAAAAGUGAAACGUCUAAGCAAUAGAAGCUGGUACGAGAACGAGUUUCGGCACGAAAGUGGUAGUUCAGUCGAUACAAAUGUUCACUAUCACUGAUCAAAUACACAUCGAGAAGGGAUGCCGUGAUAUAGUAGCGGCACUGGUUGCCCACAGAGCUAUGAUAUGGAUCGGCUACCCGUAUCGGGAGAUAAGAUUGGUGGCCUGGAUGCAUCAGAAUAUCCGAAAUGGAGAACUGACCCCUGGCAAAAUCUUAUCUUAUCUCUGUGUACCUUGUCUAGAUAUGUAUAAGCUCUGUGUUAAUGUGUUUCCUGUUCCCAUCUUAACUUAUAUGGCCAAAAUGAUCGUCAACAAUUAAAUGGUGUAAUUCCCAAACUGAGCCUCAGCAUAAUAGCUCAAUUAAGAUCACCGAGCAAGACAGACGGGAUAGAAUUAAAGAAAAUAAUUAACGUAGAAAAUACGCUUUUUUUCUAUAUGAGAGAGAAAUAAACAAUAAAUCUCGUCAACAAUUCGCGCGCGCAUCUCAAUGUAAUGGUUCUCUCACACUUUGGCGGGAUGAUCAUAUGGUACUCGUAGGAGUAUUAGAGUUUGUUUUAGUCCAGAGACUGAUCUUGAGAGCGUCAGUUGAUGCCUGGGUGCGAUCGUGAGGUGUUGUGUGUUGGACAAGAUCACGAAGAUCACUGUGACACGAUCACGAGGUAAUUUUUUGUACCACGAUCAAUCAUCUCUGUGUCAAAUUGGAUCAAUUUGGCAUCGUGUGAGGUGCUGUUGAGGCGAAUAAUGAAUCAUUUGUGCUGAGAACAACGAUCAUCUUGGACGCAAAAGAAAAGAAAAACCAGGCAUGAUCGUUAAAAAAGUGUGAUGAGUGAAGAAAACGCGCAACUUCCGUACACAGUGUUUAUUCUUUGCGUCAAGUUUGAUGAACUUAUUGCAAAGCCAAAUGGAAACAAUUUUACUGGCUGGAGAACAACGACAUAUAAAGCAUUUUCCUAAACUUAAAUCAAUUUCAGAAAUUGAGAAUUACAUUUUGCCAUAUUAAAUUGUAAUGUAGAAAAAAUUCACCAGCAAAGUCUUUAAGAUAAAACAUGAAUAAUUAAAUAUUAUAUCGCGUUGUGAGGCAAGGGAAAAAAAGAAUUAUUCGAAAAACUCUGUGCAAACAGACGCAAUUGAAUGGCUGAUAAGAAAAGUCCCUGGAAUAAAUGGGAGUGUGAAGCAUAGAAAAAAAAGAAGAAUGUUGUGCAAAUAAAAAGUAUUUUAAGGUCACAGAUCAGUACAAAAGAUGAUCAUAUGGAAGGAGAAGUAUGAGAGAAUAGAGAACAAGAGCAGAAGAAACAUCUCCCAGAGGUGCCAAAAUGACUGUGGAGGAGUGAAAAUGUGGUGAUUUUGAGUGUCGAUUGCAACAUCGAGAGAUCAUGAGAAACAACCAAAGGUAUCAGAGGCACAAGACACGAGAUUCUGACUGCUGGAGUAUCAAUUUUCUCAAAUAUGUUCUUCACAUCUUCAACACCAUCUUCUUCAUGUCAGGGAUCAUUGUUGCAGGAGUGGCCGUGUGGACAAUCUUCUGGCGACACAAGUACAUCUCCCUCCUCUCUACAUUUAGCUACGCUUUUGGCGCCUACGCAUUUAUUGUGGCGGGAAUUUUGGCCAUUGCCGGAGGCAUUUGGGGAUGCUGCGGGAUAUGGCGGGAACAACGUGCAAUGAUCCUCUGUUAUACUUUUAUUCUACUUGUUACCCUAUGUUUGGAGGCAUCAGCCGGAUCCAUUGCGUAUCUCUACAACACUCUCCUGGACGAUGAUCUCAGCUUCAGUCUCAACGAGACAUUCCUCACGAGUUAUGCAAUUGAUCAGGGCAGAACCAAAGCUAUUGAUCAAAUGCAGCAAGAGUACAAAUGCUGCGGAGCUGUGAGAUUUGAGGAUUGGAGACAGAGUCUCUGGAUUUCUGAUCAGAAUGAUGAUCUUCUCUUUCCUCCCGAAGAUCGUGUAGUUCCGGAUUCGUGCUGUAUAACUCCCACGAACUUAUGUGGUCUCAGAGAUCAUCCUAGCAAUAUUUACUACACAGGCUGCAUCUACCAAAUGUCAGAGGAUCUCAAGCAUCAUCUAAUCAUUCUUGGAGCAAUGGCAGCUGGAUCGAGCAUGAUUCCCAUUUUUGGCAUGAUCAUCUCCUGCUGUCUCUACGUGAAGCUUUACAAGUUCAUCGACUAAUUUCUUCCAGAAUCUCACGGACAAAAAUAUUAGUCACACUUAACUAAUAAUCUUAACUUAUUGUUGUGUCAUUUUUAUCGUUCAUGAUGUGAAUAAUUAAAUAAAAAUGUUUCUACGUGA